UUUAAGGUUCUGUUGGUUCGGCAGCGGAUGGGACGAGGUGUCAUCGGAACUUUUCAAUGGGCGCCCUGCUUAUGGGAGCGGGUGUCAAGCGUCCGACGUGUUCGUCCGCUUUGGAUGACAACUUCCGGGCUAGCAAGCAAGCUUAGUGGUGGCCGGAGUUUAAGGAGAUUUUCAUGCCUUGAAUCGGCUUCCUGCUCUUUUCAGGCUGCUGUGAUGUCAUCAGAGUCCAAGCCCCCAGCUCCCAGCCCGGGAGACAUGUACAAGGGCUGGCUCUUCAAAUGGACCAACUACAUUAAAGGUUACCAGAGACGCUGGUUUGUCCUCAGUAAUGGACUCCUCUCAUAUUAUCGGACGCAGGCCGAGAUGGGCCACACGUGUCGCGGCACCAUCAACCUGGCGACGGCCAACAUCGUCGUGGAGGACUCGUGCAACUUCAUCAUCUCCAACGGGGGCGCGCAGACCUACCACCUGAAAGCUAACUCGGAGGUGGAGCGCCAACGCUGGAUCACCGCCCUGGAGCUUGCCAAGGCAAAGGCCUUUCCCAUCCAGGAUCUAUCCGAUGAAUCAGCGGAUGAAGCAUCUGAAGCACCCCCUUCUUCGGGGCAGGGGGGCGGCCGCAACGUUGAAAUCCAGUCUACGUUGCGCACGCUCAGCAGCAAAGUGGAGGAUCUUAACACUUGCAAUGACCUCAUUGUCAAGCAUGGAUCAGCUCUGCAAAGAUCUUUGUCAGAACUGGAGGGGAUUCAUGCAGCAGUGGACAUGGGUGAGAAGAUCAGACAGGUCACGGAGAGGGCCACGCUCUUCCGAAUCACCUCCAACGCAAUGAUCAACGCGUGCCAAGACUUCCUGUCCAUGGCCCAGAACCACAGUAAGCGCUGGCAGAAGGCCUUGCAGCUGGAGAGAGCGCAGAGGAUCCGCUUGGAGGACACUCUGGAACAACUGGCCAAGCAGCACAACCACCUGGAGAGAGCUUUCAGGGGAGCCACCGUGCUUUUGCCGUCGUACAGCAACAUGGAUUUAGGAAGCAAAGGUGGAAUGACUGGGAAGGGGGAUGCCAGCGACGAGGAUGAUGACAACGAGUUCUUCGAUGCCAUGGAGGACCCGGCAGAGUUCAUCACCAUCCCCGCUGACCCCAAAUAUCACAGGAGAUCUGGCAGCAGUGUAAGCAGGCUGAGCAAUGAGACCGGCUUGGACGAUCAGUCGGUAAACUUUGAUGACCUUUCACUGGCCUCCAGUCCCGAGUCCCCACAACCCCUGGAGCUGGAGCCUGUCAAGCAGCGACGGACACGCAUCCCGGAAAAGCCCAACUACUACCUCAACCUGUGGAGCAUCAUGAAAAAUUGCAUUGGAAAGGAGCUCUCCAAGAUACCGAUGCCCGUGAACUUUAACGAGCCUCUGUCAAUGCUGCAACGGCUGUCAGAGGACCUGGAGUACUACGAGCUGCUGGACAGGGGGGCCAAGUGUCAGAGCUCCCUGGAGCAGAUGUGCUACGUGGCCGCCUUCACCGUGUCGUCCUACUCCACCACCGUUCACCGCACCGGCAAGCCCUUCAACCCUCUGCUGGGGGAAACCUUCGAGCUGGAUCGCCUGCGAGAGUGUGGCUACCGCUCACUUUGCGAGCAGGUGAGCCACCACCCGCCUGCAGCAGCCCACCAUGCCACGUCUGAAAAAGGCUGGAUCCUAAGACAAGAAAUUACCUUAGCCAGCAAGUUCCGAGGAAAAUAUUUGUCUAUCAUUCCCUUGGGUUCAAUCCAGUGUAUAUUUGACAAGAGCGGCAACCAUUACUCUUGGAAGAAAGUCACCACCACAGUGCACAAUAUAAUUGUGGGCAAGUUAUGGAUUGAUCAGUCAGGGGAGAUUGAUGUGGUCAACCACAAGACGGGCGAUCGAUGCCACCUUAAAUUCACUCCAUAUAGUUACUUCUCCAGAGAUGUGCCAAGAAAGGUGACGGGCGUGGUGAUGGACAAAGACGGAAAGGCACAUUACGUGCUGUCCGGGACAUGGGACGAGAAGAUGGACUUCUCUAGGAUCAUGCAGAGCAGCAAGAGCGAAAACGGCACUGAGGGCAAACAGAGGACGGUCUACCAGACCCUCAAAGCCAAGGAAAUAUGGAGAAAGAACCCCUUACCAGAGGGCGCAGAGAGCAUGUACUACUUCUCAUCACUGGCGUUGACCCUCAACGAACCUGAGGACGGGGUGGCACCGACGGACAGCAGGCGGCGGCCCGACCAACGUCUGAUGGAGGAGGGCCAAUGGGACCAGGCCAAUGCCGAGAAGCAGCGGUUAGAGGAGAAGCAACGGACGGUUCGUCGGGAAAGGGAACGAGAGGUCGUCAAAGCAGCCAACACACCUGAGGAAGCUGCCCAUCCGGACAGAUACCAGGCGCAGUGGUUCGAAAAGGUGGACGACCCCACGUCAGGAGAGACCUUGCACGUCUACAAGGGGGGCUACUGGGAGACCAAGGACAGCGGCGGCAGCUGGGACGUCUGCCCUGACAUCUUCGGACCCUAGGCUGGAAAAUAAGAACAAAAAUGAAAGCCAAGUGGAGAUGUCGACAGAAUUUUUUCGUUAGUUUUAUUUAUUUUUGUUUUUUUUUUAGUGCACAAAAAUAAAUUAAUCAUAUGAGCAAAUAAACACAAUAUUGCUCUGAUAAGAAAAGGAAAAUAAUCAUAGUUGUUGAGGAACUUUAUCCUGGAAUGAAAAUUUCCUAAUAUUAUGAGAAAAAAUAUGACAAAGAGAAAAGUAUCUAAUUUUAUGAGCAAAACAAUGUAAUAUGAUGAGAAUAUUUUUUAUAUUACAAGGGGGAAAAUAUUUAUGUAAAAAUGUUUUCAUGACAAAAAAAAUUAUGAGCAUAAAA